CCAAACAAGGUAACAAAAUACAUCAGUAUUUUUUCCAACUCAUUUGUUUCAGCAGAUUGUCACCUCGUCUUAACAGCCGACAGCGGAACAAUUCACACUCCAAAUUUCCCAGGCAAACACCCCAACAAUAUCACAUGCAUCUGGAACAUAAAAGUUCAACCUGGACGCUUCAUUUUACUUUCCUUUCACGUCUUUGAUCUGGAAAGUUAUAGAGGAAAAUGCAUUGAUCUUGUGGAGGUGAAGGAUGGAGGUAGACAAACAGACGAACUUCUCGGUGAGUAUGCAGGUUAUACGCUGCGGGCAGGUCUUUCUUGACUGCAGCAAUUAUCGGACAGCACCAAGCAGCUAGCGCUAGGAAUAAUUAAGAAUACGUAUCGGUGUAUCACUAUGGUACAUGUACAGUUAAAGGUGAGAAAUUUAUAUGUUUUGGACCAAUACAGCUGUCCUUCACUCAAUCUCGCAAAAACACUUUCUACAUUUUGUUUGUUUUUGCAUGAAAACUAUUUUUCAGCAACAACAGCAACCCCUCCUGGCGCGGUGUUUUUGGUUACAAUUUUGAUCAAUAAGUUAGUAAAAACGCAAAACAGACACCACAUAACAGCUGAUGAUUAUCCCCAAAUCUGUGUUUUUGAAGGGUAUUGCUAUCGUCGUAACUGUUUCGAUCUUCAUUGUGUUAAAGGUAAGAUCCGUGUCUUUAUCACAUGCAGGUGCUUUCUGUAACACUGUUCCGCCGCCAAACGUUAUCACUUCCAGUAAAAAUGAAUUGAGGCUUUGGUUUUAUUCUGACAAGACUGACGCUUACCAGGGAUUCAAUGCUACAUACACAAGCCAAUGGGAGCAAGGUACUAGCGACCAAAAUCAUGAUACAAAAGAAUACAGGAAUUUGCAAACCCUUGCAAAUUUGCAAUGUGGUUUACCCGGUCUGAAGUGAUAAACAGACAGAGACACGAAAUUCGCAGAGAGUUUCUUCAACUUGAGCUGAGCUGACAACAGCGUCUUGUCCGGUGAAUAGUCAUUGUUUAACCGGAUUUGAAUGAAGAGCCGCAGUUGUAAUAUUGAGCAGUAAAAGCAAUUACAAAUUAACCAGAAAAAAAUUUUAGGUUUCAAUAGGAUGCAAAAAUACGGCCAGUCAAUUUGUUUGUUGGUUGAAAUAAUUGAAAGUCACCUUCCAUUACCAAGUAUCCUUUGCUUUAUUAACAGGUUGUGGAGAUUUUUUGUCAAAAAGUUCUGGAAUGAUUUCAUCUCCUCGAUUUCCCGAUUAUCCAUAUCCAAACUCCAUACAGUGUGACUGGACCAUUAUUGUACCACGUGGUAAAUUCAUUCGCCUCGCUUUUUCUACGUUUGAGGUGGAAUUUGAUUGCAACGACAAAUGUUGGUGUGUAGAUCGCUUGGAAUUAUGGGAUGGACCCGAAUUCAAUGAGACCAAGAUAGGGAGGUAAGAGGCAAGCUUGUUCCCAGGGUCCUUUAACGCUAACCCUUAUGGGUUACUUGGCGGAUUGUUCGAAAUGAACAACCCCCACCCCGCCAAGUUAAAAUUACAUGACGUCAUUGUAACUGACCAAUAGAGAAUCGUCCUUUAAGCAACCAAGCAGCAUGACACAGAACCGAUAAUAGAUAAUAAUAAUAAUAACAAUAAUAAUAAUAAUAAUAAUAAUAAUAAUUAAAACUUGUAUAGCGCUUAUCCAAUCCUGCUCUAAGCGUUUUUCACAACAUUCCAAACAAUUUUUAUAGGAAGAGGGUCAUGUGUGGGGGAUUCGCUCUCUUCCCUCAUUCUCUCCCAUAAGAACAAAUCAGCUGUCCAUGGCUGCUACUGUCGAGAUGAUGAGGUGACUAAGCAGCAUGCGUUAAGGUGGAUUUCUACGUCAAGUUUUUCUUGGAUACGCACGUAACUUUUACGAGCGUAAAAAAGGCAACGUAUGAAAGGUCGUGCUUAAACGUAAGAGUUGCACCUCGCUCAACUUUCACGUUUACACGCGAAACUUCAUACAUUAGUCGCUAUUUUAUUUACGCACGUAAACUUUACGUGGGUGCGCACGACAAAGUUAUACCCCAAAGUGAACAUCCACCCGAAGUUACUGCGGUUCACACGUAGGUUUAUCGAUUAAUGAGAGCCCUUUAUUUUCUUCUUCAGUUUAUGUAGGUCUGCUUUUCCACUGAUUAUGUCAAAAAGCAACCGGAUAAGACUGAGGUUUAUAACAAACACAGAAGGACGCUUUAAAGGUUUCUCGCUGUCAUUCACCACCUCUAUCACUCCAGGUGGGUGAAAAACUUUUUGUAUUAUAUUUAAUAUACUGUAGACCUCUUGCGCUCAAAAUGUACUUGGUACUAUAAACAAUUACCUAAACAAAGCGGGCACUUGUCUCUGAUCCAAGAGUGUCCGUCUCGGGCCGCCUUGACAUGAAUCCCAACAUGUACAUUUGCGUUUUUCGUCCACCCACACGAAAACGAUAAACAGGUUUAUUAAAAAACGACACUCUGGGGAUCGUUAUCGUUUAAACCUGCGUUUUUUAUCCCCGAAAAAAAGCCGUUUAUGUGAGAAUAGAGGAGAGGAUAAAAGCACAGACAACUAUCUCCGUUUUCAAACAUUUUACAUGAAUAUCCAGAUGCGUACGGGCGGGGUCUCAGUGUUUGAAGUAAUAACCCUGAAUUAGAGUGUCCGGCCGUAAAGUAUAUAUCAUCCAAGUAUCCUUGAGGAAUUUGACUGAAUCCGCUUAUAUAUCUUAGGUUUCGGAGGUUUUAAAGAACGGUCAUGUGAUUUUUUUCAAGAGCAAUUUAUAUUUGUAUUUUCAGAUUGUGGUGGCGAUAUUUCAGGAUUGAGUGGAAUAAUUACAUCUCCUAAUUAUCCCGAGUCAUUUCCCCCGUUUACCGAUUGCAUCUGGCGUAUUAAAGUGCCAGCUGACCGGUACAUAUCAUUUAGAUUUGAGGAAUUCAGAGCCAUCGACGGAACCAACCCCGCAUGUUCAGCUGAUUCUGUUGAAGUGAGGGAGGGCUACUCGAAGAAGGCUCAGGUUAUAGGUAAUUAAUACUACUAUAAAUGAUUUUAAGGAUAUAUAUUAUAAAUAAACAAAAAUUAAUGUAGCUGUCGUGGAACAUUUUCAUCUGACAAUCAUAGGCUUGAGAAGCAUAGUUUUCACAUGAAUAUUUAAUUUGUUUGUCUGUUUGUUUUUUAUCCUACGCAAGGUGUGUUGCAACAACCGCUACAAACAAAACUGGGUGAAAAAUAUUGAAAUACCACAGAGGAGACUAGGUUUAACAAUAAAAUGACAUGACCUCAUGCAAUGUCUAGUCGUCAUUUUUAACAUACACGUAAGUAAACCAGGAACUGAAUGACCUGUAGGAUAAAAGAUUUCUCAGCCAUUAAAUCUUUUUUUUUUUCAGGACGUUAUUGCCUCCAGAGCAUUCCUCAUGUUAUAGUAAGCAGGGGCCAUGAAUUGUAUAUACACUUCAGAGCAAGAAGCAAAGCUAAAAGUAAUUUAACCAGACGAUUCAAAGGAAACUUUCUGUCUCAUACAACAGGUACAGACAUGCAUUAUCAGAAUGGUGAUUUUUUCUUCUUUUUUUUUUUCAUCCGACUACCACCACCACCACCAUUACCAAUAUCACCGCAACCACUUCAAUCUACUACCAAACAGUUUUUGUUUUCUUAUUGUUGCACCUUUAUUUCUCCUCAGCAUGUAAUGAAUCUAUUGGUCUUCAGGACGGAAGGGUUAAAAAUUCUCAGCUUUCUGCCUCCUCCUACUACACUCUAAAACUCGGCCACGGACAGUUGCAUUUGUAUCCUCAGUAUGGACGAAUAGAAGGUUUAUAUAUUUGGUGUAGUCAGGUGAGAGGCCGCCAUCUUCACUUUCCAAAUACAUAUGGUUUAUUUAGACACGGCAAAUCAUAAGUUUAAAAAAGGUAAAGCAAGGUAAAAUAAUAAAAAUACAAUAACCUUACUGUACAUAAGUAACUGGUUUACACGAUUGCCGUAUGGGAAACUGACCGAAAAUCAAAAAGCUUACCGGUUUUUAUUCAUUGAGCGAGUUUAUGCUUCGUCUAUUUUGUGAUAAGUCCGUUCCAGAGAAACUUCCCUUCAAGUAAUCAGUACCUAUUUUUGGAAGAGAAAGCUUGAAAUCAGCGUUUCUUAAAUUACACAAAGUGGGGCAGGAUAUAAAGAGAUUCUACAAGUAAUAAGGGCACGCCCAUCGAGGGCCUCAAACACAGUUAACAUACAUUGCUUUCUGCUUUUUGUGACGCACUCCAAGGGCCGUCCAGUACUUUGUUGUUGUUAUUAAUAGGUGUCUUGUCAAUACAAAGACUGUCAAAACUAAAAAAAUAUAUGUAAUCUGUUUAUCUCGUUUCCGUUUAUUGCAGUUGCAACCGUCAAAGAACAUUGUCAGAGAAUACUUGCAAAUCGACCUCCUGAACUUGACGGAGGUGACAGCCAUUGCUACACAAGUACGUAAUAAAAAUGACAUAAAACUACAUUUGUAACAGUUAAUGAAUACAUUUCUUUAGGAAGUGUGAACAAGCCUAAGGCCUAAAUUCAAAAACCUCUCUCAUCCCCUAGUGAGGGCUACACUUCCUUAAAACUUGUUUCUGAAUGUUAUUUCGAGUGUGAUGGAGGCUUUUCACACCAAAAGCAUGCUAUGUCAGCCUCAAACUCACUGUGAAAAAAGGGUUCAUGUUAUGGCAAUCAGGUCUCCUGUCACUGCACGUGAAUUGAGAAAGGUGAGGGCUCACAGUCUAUUAUUUAAAAUGUCAUCCUUUCUUAUUAUUACUUUUACUACUAUUUCUACUUAUUACUACUUAUAAUCUUCCAUAUCAUUCGUAGUGACGUGACGUCUUUAAUAAUGCCAUAUCAAUAUCUAGGCUUAGACGAAACAGUCAUUGAUGUCGAAUGAAGUGAAGAAAAGGAGUCCCUUUCUCCCCUCUUUUAGGGUCACCACUUACAGGGCUCAAGUUACUGGGGAUACGUCUCAAGUUAUGAAGUUCAGUUCAAUUACAACAGAAACCAAUGGUUCACAUACAAUGCUGAAAACAGUAGCAGACUGGGAUUUACUGUAAGUUGGCUAUCUCACAUUAAUUUGUUUGGCUUUCUUUCUUACGCAUGCCUUAACACUUGAGAAGGAAUUUCAAUUUAAGAACGUGCACUUCUCAAGUAAAGAAUAUGCCUCUUCUCAGAGUCUCUUCUAAAAACCUUCACUAAGCGCAGACCGUAAUGGUUGAAAUUUAUACUCAGUAUCACACCGGUAUGGCACCCUUUUGUGGGCCGCCGGGGCAGAUGGCUUUAUGGCUUAAAAGGAGAGUGUCUCCAGGGGAACUGAAAUUUACCAGAAUCCUGCUCAAGUGCGUGCAAUUUUGAUAAACAAUGAGACAGAAGUACUCAUAAGUGGUUUAAUCAUAGCCUGUUCGACACUGAAUGAGAGCCUGGCACAACCAACUAAUUUGAUCAAGAUGUUAAAAGAGCUUCUUUCUCAUUCUAAUUAACAAUACCUACCUAUCUUCAAUAUCAGGAAUUUAAGGGGAACACAGACGUCGAAGGAAUAAUUAUAAACGCUUUCAAGUCUCCCAUUUUGGCCAAAAGGAUUCGAAUUGUCCCGAUUGGUUACCAAAGCAACCCAGUCCAACUCAUGUGUCUACGGGCUGAACUAUAUGGCUGUACGUAUGAUCUAGGUAAGGUAAUAAAGCAAUACUCCAUCUGGCGAUCAGUUCAAGAAUUGUAUUCUCAAGUGAAUAAACAGCAAAUAUUAAAAGUCAGGUUUCUUUCGUGGAAUAUUAUCAAAGAAUGAGAAUUGGUGUACCUUUUGAAUGCUUAAAUAUAAUUUUCAAGUAUUUUUAUUUUUUAGGAUGUGGAAGUGUCUUGUCGCUGGACAAACCGGGUAAAAUAACCGUCCGCGGAUCAGAUAAAAAACAUAAAAUCUGCCGCUGGUUAGCUACACCCAGAUCUCCUCUAUCCAAUAACAUAAUUUCCUUUCAUUUUACCUACUUUGAUGUUCCAUGUCACCAUGGUCACGUGAUACUAAAUGCCAGAAAUGGAGGCAAAAAGAUGACGUUUUGCGGUGCUGAUCCUCCACCAGUCACCAGUCUUCCAGCGUCGAGUCAGAUAACUCUAGAAGUUAAACUUGACAAAGGCUCUAAUGUUUGGGGAAUUGACCUCAAGUACAAGACUGAUUUUUUAGGUAAUUUAAGAACUGAUAACUUACAAAAUACCCUGAUAUCUUCCAAGUACAUGCAUGUUUUUAUCAUCGUCAACUGAGUUCACUAAUUCUCUAUUAUUAUUAUUAUUAUUAUUAUUAUUAUUAUUGUUGUUGUUAUCAUUAUUAUUAUUUAUAAGUAAUCCAUGAAACCAUCACACUUUAUCCAAAAAUAGGCAUACAAACAAAAUUUAUUUAUUUUAGUAUGUGUUUAUUUAUUUAUUUAUUUAUACAUUAAUUUUGCAGGCUGUGGUAGAGUCUUGGAUGUGUCCAAAAGCGGUACUUUGUCGUCACCAGGUUACCCUCUGUCAUAUGGACACAACCAACACUGCACGUGGAUCCUCAAUGCUCAUCCGGGAUCUAAGCUAACUGCAUCGUUUAUGGGAUUUAAUCUGCAAGCCUCAAAUGGUACACAUUGCGCUGAUUUUGUCCAGAUUCUAGAUGGUUCAGAAGGUAAGCAAUGA